AUUCCCAAUCAGUACACGAUUACAGAGCAUCAGUGCCUCUCUAGUUUUAGGCUGAUGACAGAUUUUCCGCGGCCUGAGGCAACACGGGUACCGAUAUCCAGCAUAAAUGCAACCCUUGCCAGCAAGAAGCCUCGGUUUUCUAUGGGCCCUCGAGCCGACUGCGAAAAAUGUCGCCUGGGAAUCAAGGGUCACUCGGUCCAUCUUGAUUAGCUGCCUAACCAUCUACGUCUUAUCCUUAGCAUGUCCACCCAAACCGACGCUGGCCCGCAGAAUUCUCCCCAGUCCUGACCUUAUGCAUCGGCUUGUUGGCUCAGAUUGUAAUGUUUGUGAUUCGCCCAACUUUACUCACCCGCGUAAUGCAUUCAUUGUCAUGGCCCGCUCAUCUGUUGGGAUUCGUCGGGUUGUGACAGCCGCUGCACAUGUAACAUACAGGAGCAUGCAUGUCCAUGCUACAUUCGCCUUUCACGAUCCACCGCAUAGUUAGUCCAAGUGAUAUCACUUGGACCGUC